CAUUGGCGGCAAAAUACGUCGAAAUGACGUCCCAGUGACAGUGAGUCAGCUGAUGAGCUUCCCUUCAGAUAUCAACUCGUCUGGGAUGUCCAUUUUCUGGGAAGGAUGAUAUUGAAGUGAUUUUCUGGUAGUGUCCAACGCAUAUACAAACCUCGCUGCUGUGAAUCAGAUUUUUGAGGGCGGAAAGUGACGUUCCCCCGAGACAGGUAGAAGUUGUUGUUUUGAUUCGUCUUGUCAAGGUUGCGGUGGGUGGUUGUUUUCCGUCGCCAGAAUGCUGACAAUUGGGGCUCUAGCGAACAUCAAGCACAUCCUGCAGAAGGAGCACUUCAACAACAACGACGAGAAAGUCCUGUCCGUCUGCACCGUCACUAAAACUCUGAAGAAGAAAAAACCCAGCUAUCUAUGCAUUGCGUCCACCCCUGGGCCGCACAGUGUCAUUUCAAUAUCCCAACUGAAGCAAUACGAACGCGAUGGAGAGUACAAAAGGAAGCGGAACUGGGCACUGGAUGAGCUGAAGUUCGUCGAUGGGAAAAGUGAGAGUUCCGAGACGCAUGAGUUCGACGUGAUGCUCGAUAAGCUCUACAAAUGGUACGCGAUAAGUUUGCACGAAAGGCAGAACUUCCUUGUGGUUCUGCACAAGCAAGUGCAGAAGCAUCUGAAGGGGCAGAAAAUCGAGUUUAGGUCCAUCCCGAAUGCCUGGCUGCAGGAUAAAUCGCCUGAGAAGACGGUCGGGAAGAUAGCGGAACAGGCUGCCGAGAAUUCGGAUGAUGACAACGACUAUGAAGACACGCAAGCUCUUACGGAUAAAGAAAUCUCGGACCUGACUUCGUUGGUAUCUGAGUGCGACUUUGCAAUUAAGGAUGCGGAGUUGUUCAUCGAUAAGUUGGGGAAAAAAUUGCACGAGUUGGACGGGGCCAAUAUUCAAAGCGUUCUUACCUCUGAACAACAAGUAAAAUCACUGAUGGACCAAAUCGAGAAGGCCAUCAACGAAGCAGAAAAAUUCGAAACUCGUCUCGAUUCAUACGACGAAAUCUUAGGUCACGUUCGAGAAACAAUGGAAAAAAUGGGAGGCAAAAAUCAGAUGAUUGAAAUUGUAAAUAACAACAACAUCAAACUAAUGAAUGAAUUGAAUAAAGUUAUAACCCAAUUGGACCUUCCUUAUGCGCAUCAAGUAGCACUGUCGGAACCCGAUUUAAAAACUCAAGCUGGUCGUGAGGCUGCAAUUGCUGCAGGUAAAAGUCUACAAAAUGCCAUGAACGCAGAUAUAGAUCCUCCCUUGUUGCGUCUCACGGCGGUUCAAGAUCAACGCAAACGUUUCGAGAAGUGGAAGGCGAAAUUCUCAUUGACGAUAAGUCGUUAUAUGAAUAACUUAUUCAUUCAUUUAGGCAAUGAUAUGGCUGAAAACGUUCCGCCGACUGUGGACUUGACCCUCCAAAAGCAUUCGGCUGUACACAAAGAGCUAGCGGGCUACACGGAACUAAUGCAUUGGACAAAGGCAAUGGAUCGAAAAACAUAUGACGGACUUGCAAAAGUCUAUACCAGUUCCCUUAAUAAAAUUUAUGAACGGGAUAUUAGGAACUUUUUCAGUCAAGCGCGGAUUAUGAUUACAUCGAAAUUCCGAGGUUCGCGAGAGGAUCUGAAUACGUCAGGAGCGAAAGCAAAACAAAGUGCUAACGUUCCUUACGGCAUGUUAGGAGUGAAUAAAGAGCUGUGGAGUCAUGGGGUUGAACCAUCAGAGCGUGAGAAGUUUGAUGCUAUUCUAGAGAAGGUUCUGGCCGAGCUUGAACCGGUUGCGCUAGCGGAGCAAACGUUUUGUAUUCAAUUCUUCCAACUUGAUGUGUUGAGCCCAACUACGAAGAACACACAAACUACAUUAGAUGCUCUGGAGAAAGAGCAAGAUAGGACGGAAGCGGAUAACAUAACCUUUCCACAAAAGAGGAUUGAUCGUCAAAUCAACGAAGAAGUCCGAAAAAUGAUGAUGGCUCUUUUUGGUUGCCUGGAACCUGAGCUGAAUAGCUUCAUACAGAGUUUCGAGAAACUCGACAGUUUUUAUUCACUUUAUGUCCUAGUACGUCUGACCCAGCACGUUAUGUCAGCUCAAGAUACCCAUUCAUUCCUCAGUAUGACCUUCGCAUCAGCUCUGGUGCACGUGAAACGCAGUUUCGAUCGUUUUAUGCAACAACAGUUGCAAUCUAUACGAGACUCUAAAGUGCCUAAGCGUUCAAAAUGUGGUAUUUUGCCGUACGUUGAAAAUUUCGAAGAGUUCGCCAUGACCGCCGAGGAAAUCUUCAAGAAAUCUGACCGAAGGACAGAUAUUGACAAGUGGUACAUUCAACUGGUGAAUACAAUAUUCGAAUAUAUUCCAAUUCAUUCCGGAGAACACCAGAAGACGCCAAGUCAGGUUAUCAAGAUGGAAAAUUACCAUCAUAUGUACUCGUUGUUGGCUCAGAUCAAAGUUCCAGCGUUGGAACCUUUGAAAAAAGAAGCCAAGGUCCGGUAUAAUGAUGCUCUCAAGGCGUAUGUCAUAAAAUAUUUCGGUCGCCCACUGGAGAAACUCAACUUGUUCUUCGAGGGAGUUCAACAAAAAGUCUCACAAGGUGUUAAGGAGACUGAGAUUAGCUAUCAGAUGGCAUAUUCAAAACAGGAGCUUCGCAAGGUUAUUAAUCAAUAUCCAGCACGAGAAGUCAAGAAAGGUUUAGAGAAUUUAUACAAAAAGGUCGAAAAACAUCUUUGCGAGGAGGAGAAUCUGCUGCAAGUUGUUUGGCACGCGAUGCAGGAGGAAUUCAUAGCGCAGUAUAACUUUUUAGAGGAGAGGAUACAGAAGUGUUACGCAGGAGCGAUGAUUACAUUAGAGUUUACAAUUCACGACAUAUUAACCUUUUUCUCAGAUAUUGCUCGAUCACAUUAG